AUGUCGGCACAAACCACCACAAACAAACCGCUUCCUUUUCUGUACCAGUUCGCGGCUGGUGGUAUAGCGGGUGUUAGUGAAAUCCUUGUUAUGUAUCCUCUUGAUGUUGUAAAGACGCGAUUUCAACUGCAAGUUACUGGUGUUGGUGAACAUUAUACUUCGGUGUUAGACUGUUUCAAAAAAAUAAUUAAAAACGAAGGUCCCACUAGACUUUAUCGAGGAAUACUUCCCCCUAUUCUAGUCGAAGCGCCGAAACGCGCCAUAAAAUUUUCUGCAAAUGAACAAUACUCGACUAUCUUAAAAACAAUCUACGGCACAAAUGCAAUGUCACAAGGGAUGUCGAUAAUGGGAGGAAUUGGCGCUGGAUGCACUGAGGCUGUCGUCAUCGUACCUUUUGAAUUAGUGAAAAUUCGUCUUCAAGAUAGAAAUAAUACGGGAAAAUAUAACGGCACCUUUGAUGCACUAACCAAAAUUGUCAAACAAGAAGGACCUUUGGCUCUUUUUAACGGACUUGAAGCAACUAUAUGGCGUCAUGCAACAUGGAAUGGAGGUUAUUUCGGAAUAAUUUUUACUAUUAGGUCAUUAUUACCGAAAGCAAAUGCAAGUAUAUUCCUAAUUAAUGAAUUGCGAAAUAAUUUUAUUGCUGGAGGAAUUGGUGGAACCGUUGGCACGAUGCUUAAUACGCCGUUCGAUGUUGUUAAAACACGAGUCCAAAACGAUUCGGGAAUCCCGAGAAAGUAUAAUUGGGCAUUACCGGCUAUUAAAACUGUUGCUCAAGAAGAAGGAAUCGGUGCGCUCUAUAAAGGAUUCGUUCCAAAAGUUUUACGUCUCGGUCCUGGUGGUGGGAUUUUAUUGGUUGUUUUCGAUCAGGUUACUGGUUGGAUGCGGAAAUACUUGGGUUAA